AUGUUUAUCCUGACUUUUCCAAUUAUUUUCCUUUCGACAAUUAUAAAAAAUUCUUUAACAGAAAAUGUGUUAAAAACUCUCCCUCCUUCGUUACAAGAUGAAGUCAAUUUAACCACUCCGCAAAUAAUCACAAAAUACAAUUACUCGUCUGAAAUUCACAAUGUUGUUACCGAAGAUGGUUACAUCUUAGCCCUCCAUCGCAUACUCCCCCAAAAACCCUACAAGGGCUCAGUUCUGGUGAUGCAUGGAAUUUUAGCAUCUUCAGCUGAUUGGAUCAUAACAGGGCCUCAUCACGGCCUUGGUUAUCUUUUAUCAGAUGAGGGUUACGACGUAUGGUUGGGAAAUGCCCGAGGAAACCGUUAUUCCAAAAACCAUACAAUGUUGGAUCCCAAAUCGAAAAAGUUUUGGGACUUUUCUUGGCACGAAAUCGGUUUAUAUGACAUACCGGCAAUGAUCGACCAUAUACUUGAGGUUACAAACCAAAAGAAGAUUUUCCACAUAGCACACUCUCAAGGGACUACUACUUUUUAUGUCAUGUGUUCACUCAAACCGGAAUACAACGAAAAAAUUCGGGCACAUUUUAGUCUAGCACCUGUUGCGUUUGUAAGUCACAUGUUUAGCCCGAUUUUUCAUGCGAUUGCAGCCGCUGAUGUAGUAUUUGAGGAAAUGGCUACUUUCAUUAAUUUGAAUGAAAUUAUGCCUGAGGGGGGACUUGUCAGUAAGUUAGGACAGAAACUUUGUGGAAUAAAUACUCUAACGAAGAUUUUAUGCAGUAACACGCUUUUUGCAAUUUGUGGUUUUGAUUGCAAGCAAUUGAAUGCAACACUGCUUCCAUUAUUUUUAGCUCAUGUCCCUGCAGGUUGUUCGUCGAAACAGUUGUUACAUUAUGCACAAGAAAUUAACUCUGGCCAUUUUCGUCAAUACGAUUACGGUUUUUGGACAAAUUUGAAACGUUAUCACUCACUUAAACCGCCAGAUUAUGACUUAAGUCAAAUUUCUGCUCCUUUAUACUUUUUCUAUAGUAAAAAUGAUUGGAUUUCAUCGGCUUGGGAUGUCGGAAUUUUUGCUAAAAAACUUAAAAAUUUAAAAGGCAAAUUUCUAAUUUCCUAUGACAAUUUUAACCACAUGGACUAUUUGUUUGGAAUUGACGCUCCAAAAUACGUUUAUAACAAAAUUAUAAGUUUAAUGACA